CAGGUGGCCAUCAAGAAGAUCCCCAACGCCUUCGACGUGGUGACCAACGCCAAGAGGACGCUGCGGGAGCUGAAGAUCCUCAAGCACUUCAAGCACGACAACAUCAUCGGCAUCAAGGACAUCCUCAAACCCACCGUGCCCUACGGCGAGUUCCGCUCCGUCUACGUGGUGCUGGACCUGAUGGAGAGCGACCUCCACCAGAUCAUCCACUCGGCGCAGCCCCUGACGCUGGAGCACGUCCGCUACUUCCUCUACCAGCUCCUGCGGGGCCUCAAGUACAUCCACUCGGCCAACGUCCUCCACCGCGACCUCAAGCCCAGCAACCUCUUGGUCAACGAGAACUGCGAGCUGAAGAUCGGCGAUUUCGGCAUGGCCCGGGGCUUGGGGGCCGACCCCCGGCAGGCCAAGGCCUUCCUCACCGAGUACGUGGCCACCCGCUGGUACCGCGCCCCCGAGCUCCUCCUCUCCCUCCACCGUUACACCCGCGCCAUCGACAUGUGGUCGGUUGGUUGCAUCUUCGCCGAGAUGUUGGGUCGACGUCAACUCUUCCCCGGUCGUAACUACGUCCACCAGCUCCAGCUCAUCAUGGCCGUCUUGGGGACGCCCCCCGCCACCGUCAUGGCGGCCAUCGGGGCCGAGAGGGUCAGGGCCUACGUCCAGAGCUUGCCCCCGCGCCCGCCCGUCCCUUGGGAGAACCUCUUCGGCGACGCCGAACCGGACGCUUUGGCUCUUUUGGGGAGGAUGUUGCGUUUCGACCCCCGGGAGCGGGUGGGCGUGGCCGAGGCUUUGCGUCACCCGUUUUUGGCCAAAUACCACGAUCCCGAGGACGAGCCCGAGUGCGUCCCCGCCUUCGACUUCGCCUUCGACCGCCGCAUCCUCACCAAGGAGGAGAUCAAGGCGGCCAUCGUGGCCGAGAUCGCCGACUUCCACGCGCGACGCGACGGCAUCCGACGGCAAAUCGCCUUCGCCCCGGCUGGCGACGGUGGAAGUGGAGGUGGCCACGCGGCCAACGGGGCCGUGGCCAACCUUAACGUCCCCACGGGGGACAUCAACGCGGUCAACGCGGCCAACGUUGGCGUCAACGCAGUCAACGCGGCCAACAUUGGCGUCAACGCAGCCAACGUGGGCAUCAACACAGUCAACGUUGGCGUCAACGCGGUCAACGCAGCCAACAUGGGCAUCAACGCGGCCAACGUUGGUGUCAACGCGGUCAACAUGGGCAUCAACACGGUCAACGUGGGUGUCAACGCGGCCAACGUUUGACCAGCGUCAACGUGGCCACCAUCGGCGCCGCCGCGGCCAAUGGCAACGUCAACGCCGCCAACGCCGCGGUGGCCAACGUUGGCCCCUCCUGGCCCUGCGCCGACGUGGACAUGCCGAGCCCCGGCCCCGCCCCUGCCCCCGACUGUCCAAUGGACUCUCCCCGGGUGAAGGCGGAGCCGGGGGCGCCCCCCGCCCCCAAGAGGGACGGGGCCAUCUCCGAUGACACCAAGGCCGCGCUCAAGGCCGCGCUCCUCAAGUCGGCCAUGAGGAACAAGA